UGUCUUGAUACAAAAUAAUUUCUCAGUGCUUAGUGCGAAUUUUCUUCUCUUCACUAUCUUUUUGUCCUUAUAUAACACUGGCAUCUUUAUUAUUAUUUGCCUUUUAACUACGAUUUUUACAUAUUGUUCAUUGCAUUUACGUUGUCCUUUGAUUAUCUUUGUCCUAUGAUUGUCUGUGUGAUAGCAACAUGGAAAGUGAGCGUGUUUCUAUUAUACAAAAUUCUUUCACUGAUUCUGAUUUACCUAGUAAUAAUUAUGACAAAAAUUCUGCUUUUGCUUCAAUUUUGCAGGUUCCUGUGGAGGAGGAAGUAAGACGCAUUAUAAAUAGAAGGAAGAGAUUAUCUGAGUCUUCACAUAACGAGUCAAGUGAUCCCGCUUGUGUAAUUCAUCAGGUUCAGACAAAUGAAAAUAGCUCUGUUAAUAAAGCCGAAUUUUUAGCGCUAUCACGCGAUUUACAAUUCACCAUCAAGCCGAUGGUGACAUCCUUCGGAGCCACACACAAAUUACAAAAGUGCCAGGAAUUCGGCUACCGCCCAUACUGCGCGACCUGUCGUCCGGUGGGCGCGUGGCAACAGAUUGGUUCACGGAUCGGAAUCCGCGAACCGAUAGGUGUGCCUAUUCUUACGUCGAUGUUAUGCUUCCGGAAAAGAAGAAGACCGGCAGAUCUCUGGUAGAACGCACGUCGCGAGGACGUGCACCUCUCUCCCGUGUAUUCUCAAGUGCGGUUUAGAAACAAUAUUGUUAAAUAUCACUUUAUUGCACGAUUUUUAGUUUGUUUAACAGUUCGUCAAGUUAUUUGUUUGCGCACGCCAAGGAGAGCUCCAGAAUUACGUGUGACUCUCGACCUCACGUUAUUCACGUUGUAAAUAUUAAUAAACCUCU